GACAAGCCCUAUGCUCCGACCAUUGAUUUCGCGAGUGCAGGAAGUUCUGGUGCAAGCUCGACCAACGUUCAGACCUCAGCAGUAUCAAGCACGACAACAGUGAUGUCAACCUCCACACUCAUGGGAACGUCGUCUACUUCCGUGACUACUACCGCUUCCACAACUCAUCUCGUCAGCAGUGUACUGUCUACGCAGCAGUCAAGCGCUCCGACUACCACGUCGCAAACGUCAACACCGCUUUCCACGACAGCACAAAUGAGCAGCUCUUUAUCGACUACGAGAGCUCCCCCAAGCUCCACUCCAACUAUGUCGAGUUCAUCAGCCACUACUACUCCCAGCUCAAGUCCAGCAACAUCACACAUAACAUCUACCAGUCAGACAGCCUCACAAAUGAGUACUGUGGCCACCAGUACUCAGACUACGAGCAGCACAGGGCUUUCGACGACAAGAAGUGCCACUACAACCACUACUACUACGACUACAGCUUCGUACUGCUCUGCAACUCCAACGACGACAAACCUAUGCCCCACGUACAAUCACCAAGCCCUCAAUGUCAAUGGCGACGGCUCCUGCUACGAAGUCGAAUGCUCCACGGCGCUACAAGGCACCCAGCUCACAGGCAAUUCCACAACCGCAACCUCGCUCAAGACCUGCACUGCAGUAUGCAACAUAUACAACGAAGCAAUUCCCUACGGCUGCGUCGGCGUCAGCUUCUACAACUCGGUAACAGGCAGCAGCCCGAAUUGCAUUCUAUUCUCGAGUAUCACGGGGACUUCUUCCACUUCUGGUGUUGAUAGCGGCCGGCUUAUGUACCAGGGCUACCCGUCGAUAACUGAUCCUUCAUACGCAGCCAUCACCACGACCACAGCGGUGACCACUACAUCCGCGGCCGUCACCAGUGGGACAACAACAACGAGUACUACCUUAACAAGCUGCCCGCCCGCACCAACAGCCUCGUCAUGCCCUGGCAAUUCACCAUAUUGCUACGCAUAUGAGUAUAACGGCAACACAGACGACUUUGAAGUCGAGUGCCAGACGUCCUUUACUGGUGUGGCGCUACAGGCGAUCAUAGCAUUCGAUUUCGAAGACUGCGCCGGGUGGUGUCAGUACGCGAACGAGCAGGGCAGAGACGUUCCGGGUGACGUUCAAGGGAGUAAUUGUGUUGGAUUCACCUUUCAGGAGAUCCCGGUUGGGCGGUUGUUGUUCAGUGGGUAUCCUAACAUGACGGAUUAUAGCGGGUCGGCUUUCCAUUGUUGAUUGUGCUGGGGAUUGAGGUCGCUGAUAGGGGUUUACGUUUUCUUGGAUAGGUAUUGUGGAAGGAGUUGUAGUGUUUGAUUGAAGAAUAUGAUGUUUGGCGUUGAAAUGUUGUGGUGCGUACUCUGCCUGGCGGAAUAGCUACCCAGAUCGGCAAGAACGAACUGGAGCGCCUAGGCCAAAGAUGUGGUGGGCUUGUUGAUUCCCUAGAGCUUACCAGGUAGUUGCUGCACCUCGGUCAGGGGGCAUGAUGCAU